AAGAGGGAGCAGCCCUUUUUUUCGCGGCCUUGCCCCCUCAAGGGGCUAGUUACAGUGGUAUCUCUUCGUGGACGAACGUCGGGAGUGUGGUGGAUACCAUAGUGGCAUAAUGGAGGAAUCGCAGAGGGGAGAGAUCCUCUCUCAAAUGAGGAUUUUCCUCACUGACAAUUCUCCUUCUGGUUCUCUUAUCCUCCCUAUUCAUCGAGCCACUCAGCUCCUUCGAAACGAUGACUUCCUGGAGAAGUUCUUCUUGUUGUUUGCCCGGAAGUCCAAGACGGAUGAGUCAGAGCCAGAGGCCAUUCGACAGACCGAGUGGAUCCGUCUCCUCAAGUCAAACAUCAUCACGUAA